GUGAUGAAACUGAGGAGUGGCCCUGCUGACUGCAGUGACACUCUCUGAACUGCGAGGGUCGCUAGAUGACUUUCUGCAAACAUGGCUGCCCAGGAUGAACUCAAUCAACUGGAACGUGUGUUCCUUCGCCUGGGCCAUGCAGAAACAGACGAACAGCUACAAGAUAUUAUCUCCAAGUUCCUACCCCCUGUGCUCCUCAAACUAUCCAGCGUUCAGGAGGGUGUGCGGAAGAAAGUAAUGGAGUUGUUGGUCCAUCUGAACAAGAGGAUAAAGAGCCGACCUAAGAUUCAGCUGCCAGUAGAAACUUUGCUGGUGCAGUACCAAGACCCUUCAGCCGCCUCCUUUGUUACGAAUUUCACCAUCAUCUACAUCAAAAUGGGCUACCCACGCCUGGAGGUGGGAAAACAGUGUGAGUUGGCACCCACCCUCCUUACUGCCAUGGAAGGCAAGCCACAGCCACAUCAGGACAGCCUGAUGCACCUGCUGAUCCCUACUCUUUACCAUAUGAAGUAUCCUGCAGAUACCUCCAAGAAUGCUUUUCCGUUUAACUUAACUGAGCGGCCAAAGACAGUCCAGCUGCUGCUGGAGUUCAUGUUGGAUGUUUUACUGAUGCCUUACGGGUUUGUGCUGAAUGAAUCCCCGACUCGCCCUGCUCCCUCCUCCUCCCAGGGAAGUUCUGCCGAUGGGACAGUGGCUGUGGGUGGCCAGGGUCUUCCCCAGCCUCCCCCAGGGAUGAGUGUUUAUGCUGCCAAGAGGGUUAUUGGGGAAGCCCAGUGGAGCGCUGAGCAACUAGAGCAGUGUAAGCUGGGCAUAGUGAAAUUCAUCGAGGCAAAGCAAGUCCCAGAGGUGGAGACAGUGGUUCACCUGGUGGUGGCGUCCAGCGACACUCGACAUAGUGUUGCUACUGCAGCUGAUCUGGAGCUGAAGAGUAAACAGAGCAUAAUCGAUUGGAACAAUCCUCUAAUUAUCAACAAGAUGUACAAGGUGUAUCUGGGGGAUGUUCCUCUUAAAACAAAGGGUGGCAAUGUGAAGCAAGAGCUGAAGCACGAACCUGUAAGCACAAGAGUCAAACUGAAGAUCCUCCCUCAUCUGCUACGGUCACGCCUAGCUGCAGAGUGCUUUCCAGCUAAUAUCCAGGUUGUGUAUGACGGUCUGUUUGGAGCCAACACCAACAACAAACUGCUGUCUCUCACGCUGCAGUUUGUCCAUCACAUCUGCAUGGUGUGCCCCGACACUAACAAGCCUUUGGGGCUAAUGCUGCUGAAUGGUCUGACCAAGCUCAUCAAUGAGUACAAGGAGGAUCCUAAGUUACUAUGUGUUGCCUACUCUGCUGUUGGAAAGCUUUCAAGCCGCAUGCCACAGUUGUUCACAAAGGACAUUGCACUGGUACAGCAGUUUUUUGAGUCCAUGUGCAAGGAGGAGCCUGAUGUUCGUCUUGCCAUUCAGGAAGCUUUGUCUAUGAUGGUUGGAGCUUAUGCUAACCUCCAGGGGGCAUUGCUGAACCUGAUGGAGGCCCUGGUUGCUGCAUACAUUGGAAAGCCGGAGGUGCAAGUUCGCCAGGUGGCCAUGAAGUUUGCCAGCACAGUGUUUGCUCCUGAUCACGUGCCAUCAAGAUACCUGCUGCUGCUGGCUGCUGGAGACCCGAGAGAGGAGGUGGCUGGGGAGGCCCAGAGGGUGCUGAGGGCUUUUCCUACCAAGAGCUCGGAGAAGGAGGGACCAAAGCCAAUGCCAUCCUUUCCUGACAUGGUGGCCUAUGUCCAGGAGAAGGCGGCUCAGAGGAUCAAGACUCCAGCGAAGUAUAUUGUUGGAACCUCCACUAUUCCAUUCAACCCCUCUGCAUUUGGGGAGAUUGUGCUCUACCUGAGGAUGUGUUUAGCCCACAGUGCCGGGGCCACGCCCAUGUCUACGCGAUUGGCAGACAUGCAGGAUGAUGCCCCAGCCAUCGGCCGCUAUGUCCAUGCACUGCUGUCCUCUGAGCCUCAGCCUUCAGUGCCGAAGGGCUCUGAGGCAAAUCCUAUUCAUGUCUACAUGGAUCUGCUGCAGCAGCUGCUGUCUGCUGUAGGAGGAAUCCCAGUUAUGUACUGUCUACUGGAGGUGGUGUCUGUCUGCCCAGAGAAACUGGCUCCUAGAUUUGUUGAUAAAAUUGACUGGAUUAAAAGUCUGAUGAACACAAAUAAGGAGGACAUGAGGGAGCUCGCAGCCCAGCUGUACGCUGUAGUGGUUUCUACCAUGACUGGCAACGAGCUGCAGACAGCCGUGCAGAACCUGAUCAAAAUCACCAAAGACAACCACAGUCCUGAGACUCAGCAUGGUGCCAUCUUGGCUCUCGGCUAUAUGGUGGGAAGGUACACGAGCAAGAAGAAAGCUGUCACCUCAACCAUCUCCUCAAAAGAAAAUGAUGAACUUGUUGGCAUGGCUACCAAGACAGUUGGUUCCUUCCUGGACAGCAGUAGUGCACUACUGGCUGUAGCAGCCUGUACAGCUCUGGGAGAAAUUGGACGAAAUGGCACCCUGCUGAUCCCUGCAGAGGGUGAGGGCAUUACCAAACUCUCCACUGUGGAAAACCUGCUGGCACGCAUCCCCUCGGGCAAAGAGAGCACAAAGAUGAAGGAGCGAUCAAUCCAGACCUUGGGUCACCUACCAGUGGGAGAUGGAGACUUCCCUCAUCAGAAGAAGCUGCUCCAGGGGCUCAUGGACUCUGUAGAGGCCAAACAGGUGGAGCUGCAGUUCACGGUUGGAGAGGCUAUCACCAGCGCUGCAAUAGGCACUAGCUCUGGAGCUGCCAGAGACCCAUGGACCUGUACUGAGGAGCAGUACAGCCCACCACACAAUGUUAAAAACAAUGAUGUGGUUCCUUGGGUCCUCAACUCCAUCCUGUCCAGGUACAUACCCAGCCAGAAUCCCCAUGUCCGGCAGGCAGCCUGCAUCUGGCUGCUCUCCCUGGUCAAGAAACUCAGCCAACACAAGGAAAUCAUGUCCCAUUUAAAGGAGAUUCAAGUGGCAUUCAUCUCUGUUCUCUCAGACCCUGAUGAGCUGAGUCAGGAUGUAGCGUCUAAAGGACUUGGUUUGGUCUAUGAGAUGGGAGGAGAGGCUGACCAGCACGAACUGGUGUCCACCCUGGUGGAAACACUCAUGACUGGCAAAAGAGUGAAACACGCUGUUUCACAAGAUACAGAGGUGUUCCAAGGAGAAGGUUUGGGGAAAACACCUGAUGGCCACGGCCUGUCCACAUACAAGGAGCUCUGCUCACUGGCCAGUGACCUGAACCAACCAGAUCUUGUUUACAAGUUCAUGAACCUGGCCAAUCACCAUGCCAUGUGGAACUCCCGCAAGGGAGCAGCUUUUGGGUUUCACAUGAUCGCUGCAAAGGCCGGGGAGCAGCUGGCUCCAUUCCUGCCCCAGCUUGUGCCUCGUCUGUACCGCUACCAGUUUGACCCCAACCUGAGCAUUCGCCAGGCCAUGACCAGCAUCUGGGAUGCCUUGGUCACUGAUAAGACCCUGGUGGAUAAGUAUCUGAAGGAGAUCCUGCAGGAUGUCAUUUCCAACUUGACCAGUAACACCUGGAGAGUUCGCGAGUCCAGCUGCCUGGCCCUGAAUGACCUGAUUCGUGGCCGCCAAGCUGAUGACCUCAUUGAUCAUCUUGCAGAAAUGUGGGAGACACUGUUCAGAGUCCUUGAUGACAUCAAGGAAUCUGUGAGGAAGGCUGCAGACCUAACACUGAAAACACUCAGUAAGGUGUGUACUCGUAUGUGUGAGUCUACAGGCUCAGCAGCCCAGAGAACUGUGGCGGUGCUGUUGCCUACUCUGCUGGAAAAAGGCAUCGUUAGCAAUGUCGCAGAGGUCCGCUCGCUCAGUAUCCAGACCCUGGUGAAGAUUAGUAAGACAGCUGGUGCCAGACUAAAGCCUCAUGCUUCCCGACUCAUCCCGGCCCUGCUGGAGGCCCUCAGCACCCUGGAGCCCCAGGUCCUCAACUACCUCAGCCUCCGAGCCACAGAGCAGGAGAAGAGUGCCAUGGAUGCUGCCAGACUAAGUGCUGCCAAGUCCUCCCCAAUGAUGGAGACCGUUAACAUGUGUCUGCAGCACCUCGACGUUUCUGUGCUGGGAGAGCUGGUUCCUAGGCUGUGUGAGCUGCUUAAAAGUGGAGUGGGUUUAGGCACCAAGGGUGGCUGUGCCAGUGUAAUUGUUUCACUCACAGUGCAGUGUCCCCAGGACCUCACCCCAUAUUCAGGUAAACUGAUGAGUGCCCUGCUGAAUGGUAUCCAUGAUAGAAGCACUGUAGUACAGAAAGCGUUUGCCUUUGCUCUGGGGCACCUAGUCAGGACAGCAAAAGACAGCAGUGUGGAAAAACUACUACUGAAGCUCAACACCUGGUACUUGGAGAAAGAGGAGCCGGUGUAUAAGUCAUCAUGUGUGUUGACCGUGCAUGCCAUCAGCCACUACAGUCCUGAUGUGCUGAAGGGCCAUGCAGGAGUGGCACUGCCGCUGGCAUUCCUGGGCAUGCAUCAAGCGCCAGGUCCUGAUGAGGAGAAAGGAGAGAGCCAUGAUGCCACGCUGUGGGCUGAGGUGUGGCAGGAGAACGUCCCAGGAAGCUUUGGAGGCAUCAGACUCUACAUGACGGAGCUGAUCGCUAUCACACAGAAAGCUCUGCAGUCCCAGUCCUGGAAGAUGAAGGCUCAGGGUGCAGCUGCCAUGGCAACCGUUGCAAAGGAACAGACAGGCUCAUUAGUGGCACCACACCUUGGCUUGGUGCUAACAGCUUUAAUGCAGGGACUAUCCGGACGCACCUGGGCGGGCAAGGAGGAGCUGUUGAAAGCCAUUGGAUCGGUAGUGAGCAAAUGCAGUGCUGAGCUGCAGAAGCCUUGUGCAGGUCAGCCCACCAUCUCUGAGGUGCUGGACGUUGUGUUGAAAGAAUGCCGUAAGGAGAGCCUGGUGUAUAAAAUGGCCGCUUUGCGCUGUGCUGGAGACGUGCUCCACAGCAGCCAGGAGGACCGUUUCAACGACAUGACGGAGAUCCUUUUCCCGCUGAUCAAAAAGAGCUGCCCAGAGAGUGGUGGUGCAUCCCCGAGGUCACUGGAUGAUGAUGAUGAUGAUAUAGAUGUGAAGGAGAAAGAGUUGCAGACUGAAGCUCUUCUUUGUGCUUUUGAGACUCUUGGAAAGACUUGGCCCAGGAACCCACAGACUCAGGCUCGUUUCCAGGUGGAGGUAUGCGGUCUAAUGUGUGAAAAGCUCAAGCGAAGCACUUGGAAAGUACAGCUUGCUGUUCUACAGUCUAUGAAGGCUUACUUCCAGGGGUUAUUGCUGCUAGAGAAAGGCCGUGAGGACUCCAAUGCACUGUCACAGAUCCUCACAGAGACGUGUGCUGCUCUCACUUACCCAUUAGAAAACAAAAGUUACUCAUCUGUGAGAACAGAGGCCCUGUCAGUUGUGGAUCUGAUUGUAAAGAGAACUGGAGAGAGUGAACAGUGGGACUGUGUGUCUGUGAAGAGCCGGGAGCAGCUGCAGCGCUCCCUGUCAACGCUGCAGUCUGACAGCAGACCUGACCUGAGGGAUAAGGCGCAGGAGCUGCGUAGACAUAUCCAGAGUCAACCCUGAGCACGCACAUGCACGCACGCGCACACAAACACACACACAUACACACAGCUCACAGAGUCAGCCAAAUACGUACAGAUACAAACACAAAGUACAAAGCAAGAAACGAGAGCAUCAACUUCUUUUAAACCUCUUUAUGAGUAAAACAAAACAUACACUAGCACACUCCUCUGUCUGACCUCUUUGCUACAGCAGUCUUCUCUCAUGCAGAUAUUUACAAACCUCUCGAUCAUUACAUUAAGUAUCCAUAUUACCUGUGGGCUUUGAAGCUGGCUUGUGCAAAGAGAGUGCUCCACUCAAGCUGACUGACUGAUUCACGUUUGUGGCUGACGAAGGUUGAAGAGACUACAAUAACACAACUUGCCCUGAGUCUGAACUCUCAGUGACAAUGGUGAAGGGCAAUAUCAUUAUUGUAAUGUGUCAAGUUUUAUUUGGUUCAUUUAAAUGGACAGUAAGAUACUGAUAAUGAAUGCUAUAUAAACCAAUGUGUUGGGUUUGUGGACACUGUAUACCUAUAGCCCCAAAAUGGGGACUUUUACUACUGUUGUGGGUUUGCCUACUCAUUGAAUAUCAGAACAACAGCAGGUCGUACACAGGAGGAUGACUAGUCAGCUCACGUUCAAAGUUGGUACUUUGAGCAUGUCCUGGAAAUGGUAUUUGGUUUCUUCUGUUUGCAAGGUGAAUGAACACGACAAAAAGCCUAUUUUGUGAAGUUUUGAGAAUUAGUAAAAAUCCUGCUGUUAACUUCAAAGUGAUGCUAUAGUUGUUUGAAAUUGUCCCUGAUGAAAUAAAACUACCUUGGUAAUUUGGA